GGAAGUCCGCGCCCGCGCGCUCCGCGCCGCCCUUUCCGAACUUCGUAGCUCGUCGCCUGUCGUCUACCGACCGCCGCCGACCGCCGAUCGCGCUCCGUAGCGCUGCUUCGAUCGCAGUACCUGGACUACCCGGUAUACCCUGUCACCGAUCUCUUUACCUGUCAGUACGGCACAACCAAGUACCCAAUAAUUCUUUCUAGUAUUCUGCUCCAACUACCUGUGAUUCUUCCGCAUCACCCCAACCCAAGGAAGUGCUGGUGGACCGACAGUAGCGCGGGAGCACAUGGUACUUGAAUCGAUAGCUGGGAAGGAACAAAGGAUAUGCCCUCCUACCGCCCUCCUCAAGGUCGCUUGAGGGAGGUAAACAUUCAUUCAUAAAUUUAAAAGCAAUAAACUUAUAUCGUUAAUGAAGACUAAGGAUCGGGCGAUACCACGUAAUGGGACAAGAAGUUGCACCUGUUGUGAUAAACUGUGAUAAAGUAUAAUAUAUAGAGAUUAGACCAAAGACGCACUCCAGAAGCUGUAGAUAUUCUAGAAGGUCGUGAGUUUGCAUCGAUUUGUGUAAGUGCAUGACAUCCAGUGACCCAUUUAAGAAACUUCGACAUUCGGCAGGCCAACACCGACCGUUUGGCAAUAGGUGGUGGAAGUUUGUGGCUACCCUUGUGGUGAUGAGGCGUCGGCGCGAGGCGCCAUGAGCUAGCGGGCAUGGGGGGCGAGGGGGCGGGCCGCGGCGCCGCGCGCUGGCACGUGGGCGACUCGCCCCCGCGCGCGCCCAUGGGCUUCGCGGCGCCCGCGCAGGAUGCGCCGCUCGACAGCGGCCUGGCGCCGGCGCCCGCGCCCGCGUUGCCUUACAACGCGGCGCUGCAGCGGGCGCACUCCAGGUCGAUGUCAUCGCUCCCACCGGAGCCGUUCAUGAUGCUGCGUGCGAAGGCGCUGAGCAAACGCGUGAUCAUCAACGUGGGCGGUGUGCGUCACGAAGUGCUGUGGCGCACGCUAGAGCGGCUGCCGCACACGCGUCUCGGUCGUCUGCGCGACUGCAACACGCACGAGGCCAUUACAGAACUCUGCGACGACUACUCAUUACAGGACAAUGAGUACUUUUUCGACAGACAUCCAAAAAGUUUCAGCUCAAUCCUAAACUUCUAUCGGACGGGGAAGUUGCAUUUAGUAGACGAGAUGUGCGUGCUAGCGUUCAGUGAUGAUCUCGAGUACUGGGGCGUUGACGAAUUGUAUUUGGAAUCGUGCUGCCAACAUAAAUACCACCAGAGAAAAGAACACGUUCACGAAGAGAUGAGAAAAGAAGCCGAGAGCUUAAGGCAAAGAGAAGAGGAGGAGUUUGGUCAGGGCACUUGUGCUCAGUACCAGAAGUGGCUUUGGGAUCUUCUCGAGAAGCCUACCACCAGUAUCGCGGCUAGGGUGAUCGCGGUGAUAUCGAUCCUCUUCAUCGUGCUGUCCACAAUAGGACUUACUCUCAACACCAUACCGCAAAUGCAAAUGUACGACGAGGAUACGAAGGCGCCUAUUGACAACCCGCAGCUGGCCAUGAUUGAAGCCGUGUGCAUCACUUGGUUUACACUCGAGUAUGUGCUGCGAUUCAGUGCCUCGCCGGAUAAGUGGAAGUUCUUCAAGGGCGGACUUAAUGUGAUAGACUUACUGGCGAUACUGCCGUAUUUCGUUUCCCUCUUCCUGCUUGAAACGAAUAAAAACGCCACGGAUCAGUUUCAAGAUGUGCGUCGUGUCGUACAAAUCUUCCGUAUAAUGCGAAUAUUGCGCAUUCUCAAACUCGCCCGCCAUUCAACAGGGCUGCAGUCGCUCGGCUUCACGCUUAGAAACUCUUACAAAGAGCUCGGAUUGCUCAUGUUAUUCCUUGCAAUGGGAGUGCUCAUUUUCUCCUCCCUAGCGUACUUCGCCGAAAAGGAAGAACCGGGAACAAAAUUCAUAUCCAUUCCGGAAACGUUCUGGUGGGCUGGCAUCACCAUGACCACAGUCGGAUACGGUGACAUUUACCCCACGACCCCGUUGGGCAAGGUCAUCGGCUCAGUUUGCUGUAUUUGCGGCGUGUUGGUAAUUGCGUUACCCAUCCCAAUUAUCGUCAACAAUUUCGCCGAGUUUUACAAGAACCAGAUGCGGCGCGAGAAGGCUCUCAAGCGACGGGAGGCGCUGGAGCGAGCCAAACGCGAGGGCUCUAUCGUCUCCUUCCAUCACAUCAAUCUGCGCGACGCGUUCGCUAAGAGCAUGGACCUCAUCGACGUCAUUGUCGACACAGGACACAACAUGUCGCAAGCGGACGCGACUAGCUUGGAGGGUGAGGCGCCAGCUAUCACCGGCUGCUACAAACAGUACGAACAUGCCAUCACCAAUAAGACUCCGCAGAGUACUGACCCCAGCCAGUUUCAGAGCAGCCCUAAGAAAGAACGGCGGUACUCGACAGAGGGCCCUGACACGCCGGAGAAACGUUUGCUAAUAAAUCCUGACCCAACACCAGAAAAGAAGACGGUUGAAAAACAGCUUGACUUGGAUCAGCUGCCUUCUGAGUUUGAAUGUUGUUUUUGCACGUUCAAGGGUUACAAGGAGUUCAUAGACGCAGAGCAACUGAUGCCGAUGUCGACAUCGGACUUGCGGCAGCCAGUGUGCGUGGAGCUGGCCUGCCUGCAGCGGCACCCCGCACCCAAGGCGCUACCCGAGGCCACCCCUAACAGUCUCGACAGUCCCGAUACAUUUGCAUCAUGCCUUACGCACCCUUUUCCUUCAGAGGGCGACAUCGCAUGCGAGAUCGACUCAUCAAACUUGUAUGUGAAUCCUCUGGAUGGUAGCGGCGGUGGCGGAAGCGAGGGCAGCGCGGGCGCGACCACAGCGGGGGCAGGGGGAGGGGUGUCAGACUAUAGCGGGGUGCGUAAGAGCGCGUCUGGGGACGGGAGCGUGUUGUGCGGCAAGGGUUCACAGGGGGAGGUCGAGCGUGGCUCGCGGGUCAGCUUAGCGGGUGCGGGCGCCGCCAGCGCUAUACUGCCUGCUACGCAAGUGCGAGCGCUCGACGCCUCGCGCACCAGUCUGCCGCAAACACUGGACAACGCGCUCCCGCCUACUUCUGAUGACGCCAGGCCCAAACAUAGAAAAGCGCGCUUCCAACAGGAGUGGUCGGAGGAGGAAAAGAGACCUCCCAGGGGGAUAGCAACGAGGAUCAUCAACCACCACAUACUCUUCGGUAAAAACGGCAAUAAACGCGGCGGCGGCGGCUGGCCGGUCGAGGGUGACUCGCGAUCUCGGUCCAUUCUCAAGAACAAGGAAGCACGCGGCACUGAUAGCGAGCUGCUGCUGCAAGAGACCACAUCUCUCGGCGCCAACGGCGAUUCAGGCAGCGAGUCGUCGCCGAUUCGAUUAAAAGACUACAAGGGACAGAACCACAAGGGCGGUGCAUCAGAGAGAAGCAAUUUAGUCACGUAGAGUGUAGUCACUGCCAAUCGUUUGCCAGAUCGUUACCGCUGCAAGUUGUUUUGUAGCCUGUAGCGAUCAUUGCGCCUAUAGCGGCUCUACACUCGUCUGCCACGCGACCCUAUUCGUCAAAUACUUAGAACGCAAUAACAUUAUUCAAAUUUUUAAAUAAUUUUAACAUAUCAUUGGGCGAUUGUGACUGCUUGUUGAAUAGACGAUUUUCAUUUCGUAGGUUUACAAAUAUUGUAAAAAAAUAUUAUAUAUUACAUACUUAAAUGUAAUAAUCGUUCAUUCCAAUCGAAAAGUUGAAGAUACCUAUUUGUUAAGUUUUUUUACGUGCAAUUAU